AACUAUCUCUUUCAAUGCAUUGACUGUUUUUAGGUUGACUCCAUUAUUAUACAGUAUAAUACAAAAGUGGAUUAUCCUAUUAUUUGUGGUAUAUAUUAGUUGAGAAAAACCAACCAAAAUAAUGUUUACAAAUAAAUAAUCAAUUUAAAUAAAAAUUCAAACAAACUAUUAGUUUUAAGUGAAUAAUUUAAUUAAAUAAAGUUUAACUAAAUUUUUUUUAAGCAACACAUCAAGUGUUUGUGUGAAUAUAUAUUGUGAUUAAAAUAUACAAAAAAUAAUAAUGAAUUUACUGAACACUGUUGUCAUCGUAUACUUAGCGCUGACACUCACGGCUAGUGUUAGCUAUUGUCUGGAAGAGUACGACCGGUAUGUGCCCGACAACGACGGGUUAACACAUGAGAGAAGUAUUCGUGUCAAGAGAAAGGGUGGAAAAGGUGGUGGCGGUAGAGGUAGAGGCAGUUCCAGUCGCAAGUCGUCGACAAAGACCAGGCCAGCAGAUCCCUAUCCCAAACAACCGGCUCAUAAUCCUAACUACCCGACCAAUGCUAAUCCCAAUGCACCAGCAUAUCCAGCCUAUCCAAAACAACCGCCACCAUAUCCCGGCCAAACGGGCCAAUCAUUUCCCGGACAACAUGGAAAUCCCGGUCAGACUGGAUAUAAUCAACCAAAUUAUGGAUAUGGAAGCAAAUUAGGCGGUGUGGGCGGAAUGGGCACUGGUAUGGGAUCUGGUUUAGGAAAUAUGGGUAAAUCAAAAAGUGGAAUUGGAGCACUGGGAGCAGGAGCUCUGGGAGGCGCAGCCGGUGCCGCACUGGGAGCUUAUGGAGGCUAUAAAUUGGGACGAAUGGUCGGCGGCUUAGGAUCAAUGGGUCACUACGGCUAUUAUGAUGACCGCUAUAAAUACGUGAAAUGCGAUCCGCCGCCAAAAAUCGAGUUCGACCCGCAAACCAACAUCACAUAUAUUCCCAAAACAAUUGAAUACGACGCCCGGUGUCACUACUAUGACCAACGACCGCCUCAUGUAUAUCCUGGAUAUGAACGAUGGGGUGUCAACGCUGCACCGGUAUGUACACCCACCUGGAGUUUGGCAACAAUUUUGGCUACUAUUUUGGUAUUUGGCUUUCGGUUUCAAAAUCUGAACCGAUUUCAGUGGGAUUUUUGGUCACAUUUGCUGUUAACAUAAAAUAUAUAAUGUAUUUUAGUUUUUCAUUUUUUUCGUUGUUGUUUAAACAGUAUAAAUAAUAAUAAUAUUUUUAUGUUAAUA